AUGGCAAACCAUCUUCAAGAACCCUUAAGUACUUCGCCUAAACCAAGUUUAACCAAAGAAGAACAGCAAUUGGAAGAAGAAACUGUGAGCUUGCAAGCACAGAGUCUCGUGAACACAAUGGCCUUCCCCAUGGUUCUCAAAGCCGCCUUGGAGCUUGGCGUCAUCGACACAAUCUCAGCCGUAGAUGAAGGCGUGUGGCUUUCACCUUCUGAGAUUGUGCUUCGUCUCCCAAUCAAACCCACCAACCUGGAGGCACCGGUUUUGCUGGACCGGAUGCUGAUUUUACUAGCUAGCCACUCGAUCUUGAAGUACCGGAUGCAUGAAACCAGAAAGACCGAGAGGGAAUAUGCAGCUGAACCGGUUUGCAAGUUUUUCUUGAACCGUGGAGACGGAUCCGGUUCUCUCGCGUCUCUAUUCUUGAUAAACCUAAGCGAAGUCUAUUUCAAGACAUGGACAAAUCUCAAAGAUGUGAUAUUAGAAGGAAAUGAUGCAUUCAGCGCUGCUCAUGGCAUGAAACUUUUCGAUUACAUUGGCUCGAACAAACCAUUCGGUGAGAUGUUUAGCAAGUCAAUGUCAGAAGCUUCCACAUUGACAAUGAAGAAGGUUUUAGAAGCUUACAAAGGAUUCAAAGAUGUAAACACUUUGGUAGAUGUUGGUGGAGGAAUUGGAACAGUUUUAGGUCUCGUGACUUCCAAGUAUCCUCAUAUAAAAGGCAUCAAUUUCGAUCUACCCUCGGUUGUAGCAUAUGCUCCUCUUUAUCCAGGAGUGAAGCAUGUUUCAGGAGAUAUGUUUACAGAAAUUCCAAAAGCAGAUGCUAUCUUGAUGAAAGUAAGUUCCUCUAUAUAA